GUCAAACGGCUGGAUCCUAUGUCCAAUCAUGGGGCACGAGAAUUUAGGGCUGAAAUCGAGAUGCUCUCUAAGUUGCGUCACCGUCACUUGGUGUCUCUUAUCGGUUUUUGUGAUGAUAACAAGGAGAUGAUCCUUGUUUAUGAGUAUAUUCCACUUGGCACCCUAUACGAACAUCUACACCUAGCUUAUACUCCUUUAAGUUGGGUGGAACGUGCCAAGAUAGCAAUAGGUGCUGCACGUGGGUUGGACUACCUUCACACAGGCACCCUACAAGGAGUCAUACACCGUGACGUAAAGAGUUCAAACAUUCUUAUAGAUGAAAACUGGGCGGCUAGGAUUUCAGAUUUUGGGCUGUCCAAAAUAGGCCCAACCAAUCAGUCGAUUUCUUAUGUUGAUGCGAGUGUCAAAGGUACAUUCGGGUAUCUUGAUCUAGAGUAUUUCUAUAUUGAAAAAUAACAAGGAAGACAAAUGUGUAUGCAUUUGGGGUUGUGUUAUUUGAAUUGCUAUCUGGAAGGCUUGCAGUAGAUGAAAGAAAUGCUGAUGAUCAAUAUAGUUUGGUAAGAUGGGCUCAAAAGUGUGUAAAAGAAAGAAAAUUAAGUCAAAUGGUUGAUUCUAAUAUCAAGGGAACAAUCUUUCCCAAAUGUUUAAAACGGUUUGCCGAAAUUGCAGCUCGUUGUGUGCACAGUGAUCCGAAAGAACGGCCCACCAUGACUGAGGUUGUUGCCUCACUUCAGGCUUUACUGGAACUACAGGAGAAAUCUAACCGUUCUGCCGAGUCAUCAGGCACAACGGGUUUCACUUGGAAGAUUAAUAAUUAUUUUGUUCCCGCGACUAAACCAAACUCUGACCAAAGUGGAACAAAUUCACCAAAGAGCCUGAACAACAACCUGAAUCAACUUAAGGAAUCAGUGAUCAGAGGCACAAAAGUGUUCACAUAUGAUGAACUGAAACUUGCUACACGGAACUUUGGGAAUGACACGUGCUUGGGUGAGGGGAGAUAUGGAAAGGUUUACAAGGGAUGGAUUGAUAACACUGAAUUGCCCAUUGCAGUUAAGAAACUAUAUCGUUGCACGCCUUUUGAUCUGGAAAUGUUGAAUAGUUUUCGUCAUCCCAACCUUGUCAAGCUCAUAGGAUACUGCUUGGAAGGUGAUCGACUCUUCCUUAUAUAUGAAUUUAUGCAUAAAGGAAACCUUGAAGAUCUCCUUCAUAGCAGAGCUGUAGCACGACUUCCAUUGGUUACAAAGGUGAAAAUUGUAGUAGAAAUUGCUCAAGGGAUUAUUUUCUUGCAAAAUACACUAUCAAACAGAACACAGCCGACAGUUAGCGAGUCCCCACUUUACAGACAUAAGAUAUUGCUGGAUGAGGAUUUUACGGCAAAGCUUUCAGAUUACGACAUUACUCUUUUGGUAGAUGGACAAUAUAGCAUAGCCUAUCCAGAUUAUGAUGGAAUGGAAUUAGUGCUAGAGAGUAAUCUCUCUGGUUAUGAAGUGGUAUUCGUGGAGGUCCUAACAGGAGAACGAAUCUAUAAUUCAAAUAGAGCACGACAGAUUGAUCUUUUGUUCCGUCAAUGUGGAAAAGUUUCCCUGCGUCGCAUUGCAAAGUUAUGUUUUGAAAUCUGCAAUGAAGUGGAUUCAAAAUCAAAGAUGUUAAGAAUCUUGAUAGAGCAUGAUGAGUUGAUACACAGGAGACUGAAGUGCUGGUUGCUUGAUCCACACAACCAGGAAUGUUAAUAGGGAAUAUUGGUUAAUUAAAAUCAUGAUAUGGGUUCAGUACAUACAUCCAUCUAAUUGUUUGACCUACAUAGGCAGAUUGGGUUGAUCCAUCUAAAUAUACUGAAGGAUGAUCUAUUUAAAUUCCAAGAAUGAUCCAUUAAAGCAGAUUGGUCGAUACAUUUCAU